AUGAGUGCUUUUGAUUUCGCAAACGAAACGCCAGAUAACAAUAAUAACGGCUCAUCCGAAUUCACAUUCGGCGAGGAACAGCCAGAAGAGCAACAUCCAACUCAAAAGGCCGCUCCAACAAAGAAAGCCGCACCAGGCAAGAAAGGCAUGAGAGUCAUUGGUAUUGGCAAGAAAAAGUCAACCGAAACUAAGAAACCUAACAAAUUCGCGAAGAAAGGAACAGAAAAAUCAGAAACAAAACAAAAAAUUUCAGUACAGUUAACCCCAGGUCAGAUUCCUGAACUUGGCGAGAUUAAAAACCCAACCAUCAUCCAAGCUCCACCAAAAGAAGAUGAUACAUCAGCUUUCGACUUUGGAAGUGCUGAGCCGACAUCAAAUCAAAAUGAUGAAGUCUCUGCAUUCGAUUUCGGACAGGCUGAAGCAACCCCUGCAUCAAAUGAAACAUCAGCAUUUGAUUUCGGAGCUGCAUCUACAGAAAACCAGGCAGAAGCAACAUCUUCAUUUGAUUUCGGAGGAUCUGCUCCUGCUCCAGCUCAGCCACCAGUUCAGACAAGAUCUGUUCCAACACCAGAGCCAGUUGCUCAACAAUCUCAACCAGCUGCCGAUGUUCCACCAGAAAUUCAGGAACUUGGCGAAACAUACGGCGGAUUCGCACUCAGCUUGAACAACAUUGCUUUGGCCGUUCAGGAUAUGAUCAAAGAAACGGCUUCAAGCAAAGAAGAAAUUACAAAUUCAGAAAAGGCUCAAGCAGAUGCCCUUUCGAACGAAGAAUAUGAUAAGGCUGAACAACUUGAUAACAAGAUUUCUCAGCUCAAAGAGAAAAUCCACGAGAAUGAGAAUAAUUUCGCUAUGUGCGUCCAAGAAGCUCUCGAUCUCACUACCGAGGCUCCAAAUCAUCUCAUGGAGCAUGCUACUUCAGCUUCCUCGAAGCUUCCUGAAUUAACAUCCAGAGCUUCCGCUGUCGAAACAGAAUUAUCAGAAAAGAACGAGCUUCAGACAAGAGAUAAUACUACAAUUGACAUCGAGCGUCGCAAGAAUGCCUCUAAAAUCCAGGAACUUGAGACUCCUAUCAAUAUGCAUGCAAAGGCUAUCGAUGACAUGCAAGCCAAGUACGAUUCUGAUGUUUCUAAGGCCACAGAAUCACUCGAUACACAAAUUACAGCUCUCGAAAACGAAAGAAGAGACAUAUCUACACAAGUUUCGGAUUUACUCAAGCAGAUUGAUGCUCUUAGAACACGCGAGAAGUCCGUUCAAGCCGAGAUCAACAAACAUACUCGUAGCAGAAAGCAGGUUGUCGAUGGUUUCUCCGCUGAUUUGAAGAAGAUCAACCAAGAAAAGCAAUCUCUUGAAUCGGAGAAGCGUAAGAUGAAUGCUGAAAUCAAGAAGAUCGAAGCUCCAUUCCAGAGCUUUCUUGAUGACGUUGCAAAGCGUGAAAAGGAAAUCAACGCAUUAAAUGACGAACUUAAGACACUCAAAGAGCAAAUUGAGAACGCUCAGCGUGAUACAGAUGAAGCAGAGAAGGGAGCAGAGUUAAUUACUGGACUUAUCCAAUCAUAUGGAAAAUAUAAUGAAGAAAGAUCUUCCAGAUUCGAACAGAUGAACUCUGAUAGAAACGAGAUCAUCGAAUCCCGCCAGAAAGUAUCACUUUUGUCCCAGCAAUUGAUACAAUUAAACACAGAUCUCAAAACUUCCGAGGAAUUGGUCGCAGGAGCUAAAGCCAAAGAGGAACAGCUUGAGGCCCAGAAGAAGGCUGCUGUUGCUUCAAAGAACUUCAAGGCUGCUAAAACGUGCAAUGACCAACUUAAGGAUUUGAAGGAAGUUACAGAGCGCGCUGAGACAACAAUCACUACAUCAGCUGCAAAAAUCGCCCAGAACCAGGAAGAAUCAGCUCAUUUGACAGAUAAGAUUCAUACUCUUGAAACAGCUUUAGUAGAUGAAAAGGACGGACUUAGCAAGAUCGACUACGAAUUCUUCGAAGAAGCUGUCGGAAUUCUCGAAAAACUCUUCGAAGUUUCAAGAUUUUCUGGAAAAUUAUUGAAAGGUUUACAGUCAAUGCUUCAGUCCCUUUUGGACAAUACUGAGAAGCCUGUUGAGCUUUCCAAGGAUGAAUUAAAGAGUAUGAUCGAUGAACUCAACGCAAAGAUCGAAGAAGCCGUAGAAAAGGAGAACUUCGAUGACGCUGAGACAUUACAGGUUAAGGUUAAUGCUCUUAUGACCAAGUACAACAACAUGGAGUAA